AGAUAGUGUUGGAUCAAAUUUUAGCUCAUAUGUUAAAAAUAUUGGUCAAUUGUUGGUGUGCAGCAGGUUUUUUUAGGUCGCACUCUCUUGGCCCCUUCCAUUAUAUUCAGGGACUGCAGAACGGAGAUUACUGAAAAGGCUUAGCCAAAAAAGUUCCAAAAUGUAUGUAAAACCAUAAAAUUAAUUGCCUUGUUUUCGUUUGUAAGCAUGUUAACCACCACCCCACCUUCCCCCCAGAAAAGACUGUCAGCUCCUUGGUUGUUAAUUUGUUCCGUCUGAAUAAUAGUCUUUAUUUACUAAAAAUAUUUGAUUAUACCAUUGAUUUAUUACAGUUAAAUGGGGCUCACACAGAACCUAAAUGAAUCUGUAAAUGGUUUGUUGUGGUCCACAAAAUAAAAAAUUUUUAUUAGCAAGUGGUAAGAUUUAUAACAUGACUUCUGAUGAACGCAGGGAAGAGAAAGAUAGCGAUUGUGACGCUUUUUCAGAAGUUUUGGAAUAUCUUCCACAGUGUCAUUCUUUGACCUGGGCAGACACUGAAUCGAGCGAGACACUUCCAGGGGCAUCAGCAAGCUUACAGCAUCCAUCUGUUUUUGGUCCGGGACAAAUACCAAUUCAACCCCGUGAGAAAGAUACGCAUGUUAGCAGUGUUGCUAAUAAACGAAAGUUCACAAUUUCAGAACAUAUAGUACGAAAUGUUCGGGCGCGAAAUGUUCUAACAGAGCUUUAUCCAAGAAUUCGCGGUGUAAGCUUGGUAGAGGCUGCAGCCGACCUGCUGACGAGUAGGGAGAAGGCGGUUUUUAGGAAAAAGCUCCAAGAAUCAGGCAUGGAAAAUGAGAACUUUCGAUACAAAGAAAUCUGCAAGUUGGCUGCGGUAAGUCAACGUUGCUUCGCACAAAUAAUGAAAAUCGACGAGCAGCUGCAGAAUGGGGAAAUGAAGAAGAGCACGUCUGCCCAAAAAAUUUCCCUAUCCACUUUCGAUUUUCUCCAAGGAGAGAAAGAGGACGAGCAGUAUUGUCUGUUGAGUGCAAUUGUGAAUGGCGAGGCAACGCUGAAGCACCUAAAUGCAGAAAAAAGGCAGCGGAGACGACGAGUAGCAACAGAACAGCCCUCAACAGCUACAACAUCUUCAUCUGCCGAGGGUGAUAUGGACGCCCUGACUUUUAAUUCAAAGUGCUGGAAAGCUUCCGAAUUUUCUGAACUAAAUGAUCAGGUCCGUCGAUUGAAAGGAUACAUCAAGACAAUGAAGGCUGAGCUAAAUGACGCAGAAGAAGAGAUCAGAAAGAAUCAACGUACUAUUUUCAAUUUGGAGGAAGAGGUGAAAAAUGUUUAUGAUGCCCUCAAAAGUAGAAGGACUCAUUUUGAUGAGUAUAGAAUUAAUGUCGAAAGGCGUUUACAAGCCAAAGACAAAACUAUAGCGGAACUCCAGUCUCAGCUCUCCAGCUUGACAGAAAACUGCAGUUCAAACCUGUUCAACAGCAGGCUAUUAGAGACAAAUGAGAUGUAUAAUUCAACUCCAGAGCCCAAAAAACUAGAAGAGGGCAACAGAAAAUAUACGAAAAGCGCUUUUAAGGCCCUACCUUUCACUGACAUCCUGGAAGAGAAUUCGGCAUCAACGGAUGCAAGCGAGAUGACGAGCAUUAUUCCAGGGCUGCAGCCCUUUGUUAAUCAAUCGUUUAUUUGUCAGCAUCCUCCUCCUUCCAAUCCCCCGAAUAAAGAAAUUAGUUCCGUCAACACAUGUUUUAUAUCUUAUGUUUUUGAAUUUUUAAACUUAUUAUAGAAUUUGGCAUUUCAGAAAAAGAAAUCUUUGGCUACUGUGUCUACGACAGCAAUAGAUGACGACUUCGAGGCUUACGUAGCUGGAUCGGCAGAACUCGAAAGUUCAUUCGCGGAGUCAGAAGGAGAUUUGUGUGAAGAAUCGGCUGCACAAGGUAUUGAGCUACUACAGUCCCUGUCAUUUGACUAUGAAAGCGACUCAGAACCCUCAAAUGACCGAAAAGACAAAGUACGAUUUUUCGUUAUCUUUCUUUCAAAUUUGCAAUAUCUUCU